AUGUCUCCAAUCAAUUGCCACGAAUUGCACCAGCUUUUCAAGAUUCUGGACACGAAUGAAGAUGGUCUAGUGAGCAUCGAGGAACUUAAAGGGCUUCUCGAGAAAACCGGAGUUCAAAUAAGCUUAGACGAGCUCAAAACCCUAGUUGGUAAUACAGGUCUUGACCUCAUGGACUUUUGGGUGUUUUAUGAUGUUUUUAACAAGCAUAACCCAAUUGAUGGCCAUCAUAGAUCAAAAGAGGUGGAGCAAGAGAUGAUGGAGGGUGAUAUCUUGAAAGCUUUUAAAGUGUUCGACAUGAAUGAUGAUGGAUUCAUCUCAAGCAAAGAGCUACAAAGCACCUUGUCAAGAUUAGGGCUAUGGAAUGAUGAUUGUGGCCAGAGGAGUUGUAGGAGCAUGAUUGAAUUUUAUGAUACAAAUAAUGACGGAGUGCUUGAUUUUGAGGAGUUUAAAAAUAUGUUGUUAUUGCCAAAGUCAUUUGACUCAACUGACGCUCCCUUCCUAGCCUUGGCCUUCUUCCUUCGCCGUCUUGUUUCUCCAUCGACGCCGACCCUUCCCUGCUCAACAACGCCGCCGUCCACCGCUAGUCCACCAUCCUCCUCUUCAGCACUUUCCUCCACCAGGGUCGAUCUGCAACUCCGACGGUAA